AUGCUGAGUAACGUGACCCACCUUAUCGAACUCCAGGGGGCUGAGUUCUCCCUGCUGCUGAGGGAUGAGGGUGGCUCCAAGACCCCCAAGGAGGCUGGAGGGGGGAGCAGAGGGUGCUUCUUCAACUUCCUCAAACACAAAGACCUGCAGGUGAAGGUGACUCCUGCCACAGAGGCAGGGAAGAGGACACUGACCUGUAUCACCACCUGUACUCUGACUGACAACCCCACCUACAUCUGGUACAAGAACGGACACAAAGUAAAGGAGGACACUUCCAGCCUGGACUCAGACUCCUUUAGUGAUGCAGACAGUUACUCCUGUGCUGUAAAAGGCCAUGAGGAUCUCCGCUCUCCUGCAGUGUGUCAGAAGUGUUGGAGUGUGACUUACACCCAUCAGAGUAUCUGUGCUUUGAAGGGGACAACAGUGGACAUAUCCUGCUCUUACACAUAUCCCAGUUACCAUGAGAUCAAACAAGCUUUCUGGUUUACUAAAUGGUCUGGUGAGGAGGCUGAAGAUCUGAGCUCAGUGCCAGGGUAUGAGGGUCAUAUAGAGUACCUUGGGGAUAAGGAGAGUGACUGUACCCUGAGAAUCACAGACCUGAGAUUGAGUGACUCUGCUGGGUUCAGGUUCAGAUUCAUAACAUCUGGAGACAAGUUUUAUGGCUCACCUGUCUCUCUGACUGUCACAGAUGUUGUGUUGGAGAUGGAUCCUACAUCUGUGUCAGAGAGGGAGAAUGUCACACUGAGAUGUAGAACUAACUGUACACUGGACCCCAUCACAGCCUACAGUUGGUAUAAGAAUGGACAGUCUCUACCAAACAGCAACACCUCCUCUCCUGUCUAUAUCCUGUUCUCAGUCAGCAGUGAGGAUACAGGCAGAUACUCCUGUUCUGUAGAAGGACAUGAGGAUCUCCCCUCUGAUGAAGAGACUCUCACUGUCACAUAUGGCCCAAAGAACACCUUAGUGUCAGUCAGUCCCUCUGGUGAAAUAGUGGAGGGCAGUUCAGUGACUCUGACCUGCAGCAGUGAUGCCAACCCACCUGUGGACAAAUACACCUGGUACAAGAAGAACGUAACCUCACCAAAAGCAUCAGGACAGAGUUACAGCAUCACUAACAUCAGCUCUGAGGACAGAGGAGAAUAUUACUGUGAAGCUGAGAAUAAAUAUGGACGACUCAACUCUUCUUCUGUGUUUGUGGACGUUCAGUCAGUGUUUCCCUGGGUUCCUGUGGUGGGGGUGGGGGCUGUCCUGACUGCUGGAGCUCUGCUACUCACCAUCUACUGCACUCUGAAGAGGAGAUCCAAGGGAGGAAGUGAUGCCACAGCAGACACACAGAAUGUGACACACUCUCCCAGUGACACAGACCCUCAGAUAGAUGCUGAGCCCUCCGAUUAUGAGAACUGGAGCAAACCACCACAGAACCUGGACAGUGACACAGACCCUCAGAUAGAUGCUGAGCCCUCCGAUUAUGAGAACUGGAGAGAACCUCCACAGAACUUGGACUGAAGAGAACCACCACAGAACCUGGACUGAAGAGAACCACCACAGAACCUGGAUUGAAGAGAACCACCACAGAACCUGGAUUGAAUAGAACCCCCACAAAACCUGGACUGAAGAGAACCAAAACAGGACAAGGACUGAAGAGAACCACCACAUAACCUGGACUGAAGAGAACCAAAACAGAACCUGUACUGAAGAGAACCUCCACAUAACCUGGACUGAAGAGAACCACCACAUAAACUGGACUGAAGAGAACCACCACAUAACCUGGACUGAAGAGAACCACCAAAGUACCUGGACUGAAGAGAACCUCCACAGAACAUGGACUGAAGAGAACCACCACAGAACCUGGAUUGAAGAGAACCACCACAGAACCUGGAUUGAAUAGAACCCCCACAAAACCUGGACUGAAGAGAACCAAAACAGGACAAGGACUGAAGAGAACCACCACAUAACCUGGACUGAAGAGAACCAAAACAGAACCUGUACUGAAGAGAACCUCCACAUAAACUGGACUGAAGAGAACCACCACAUAACCUGGACUGAAGAGAACCACCACAUAACCUGGAGUGAAGAGAACCAAAACAGAACCUGGACUGAAGAGAACCACCACAUAACCUGGACUGAAGAGAACCACCACAUAACCUGGAGUGAAGAGAACCAAAACAGAACCUGUACUGAAGAGAACCGCCACAUAAACUGGACUGAAGAGAACCACCACAUAACCUGGACUGAAGAGAACCAAAACAGAACCUGGACUGAAGAGAACCACCACAUAACCUGGACUGAAGAGAACCACCACAUAAACUGGACUGAAGAGAACCACCACAUAACCUGGACUGAAGAGAACCACCACAUAACCUGGACUGAAGAGAACCUCCACAUAACCUGGACUGAAGAGAACCACCACAUAACCUGGACUGAAGAGAACCACCACAUAAACUGGACUGAAGAGAACCACCACAUAACCUGGACUGAAGAGAACCAAAACAGAACCUGGACUAAAGAGCUACAGCAUCAAAUCAAAGCUAGGCCUCACAAUGCUUUUCUCUUACUAUCAUCAUGCUUUAUAAUCUAGAAGGUUUUACCAGACAAGGAUUUUUAACUUUUGAAUAAAUGCUGGAAUUUAGAUCAUUGAAUACACUAUGUAUCUAGAUGAUCAAUACAGUAUGUAUAUAGAUGAUCAAUACAGUAUGUAUCUAGAUGAUCAAUACAGUAUGCAUAUAGAUGAUCAAUACAGUAUGUAUCUAGAUGAUCAAUACAGUAUGCAUAUAGAUGAUCAAUACAGUAUGUAUAUAGACGAUCAAUACAGUAUGUAUAGACGUUACAUGGGAUAGAUUAUGCCUCUGCUCUUUUUCUAUGAGAUUUUUCCAUUUCCAGAUUUGAUCACAUUUCACAUAGAAAUAUUUGUAACUCUUUAUUAGCAAAUUCAUAGUAUGAGAUAUAGGCUCUGCUCCUUCAGCAGUAAACCAUACCAAUCCCCCAGCAGGAACACAGAACCUAACAGUUGGAGGCUGGGGUGGUGGGAGGAGCUAAUCUCCUGCUCAUGAUCAGAAAACAUUGCUUCUCACUCACUGUAUUGUGACACAUAGCCUGAAUGCUAGUCUAGCAUAGGCUACUUCCUCCUUGUAUGGAUGAGGGAGAAUUAUCCAUGAUGGUUCACGAAGCAUGCUGACCCAACUCCAAUGCUGAUGUUGGGAACAAACAAGUAGGCAAUAUGAUAAGCUACUCCCGAGGCUAAUUCUACAUAGCUAACUAGAUUGUAGCCGGCUAUUGACUGACAACUGAGCAGCAACAUCGUUGAUUCUCACAAUCAAUCGCAGCCAAACAUUGUAACAUGAGCAUAUUGAAUGAUGCGUGCGAGGUUCAAACACAGUUAGCGAGCACUUACAAAGAAAAAAAUAAUAUCAGAAAUCAUAGUGAGAAACAGCUAAUUACAGCAGCAGAGUCAACAGAGGACAAGAAGCCAGCGUAGAGUAACAGUAGCAGCAGCAGAGUCAACAGAGGACAAGAAGCCAGCGUAGAGUAACAGUAGCAGCAGCAGAGUCAACAGAGGACAAGAAGCCAGCGUAGAGUAACAGUAGCAGCAGCAGAGUCAACAGAGGACAAGAAGCCAGCGUAGAGUAACAGUAGCAGCAGCAGAGUCAACAGAGGACAAGAAGCCAGCGUAGAGUAACAGUAGCAGCAGCAGAGUCAGAGGACAAGAAGCCAGCGUAGAGUAACAGUAGCAGCAGCAGAGUCAACGGAGGACAAGAAGCCAGCGUAGAGUAACAGUAGCAGCAGCAGCAGAAUGAUGUGAGAUCAGAACCGGUCAGUUUAAUAGACCAAGGAAUGAGAUGGUGGUGAAUGAUACUAGUCUCUAAUUGGACACUCAGGUUUCUGACUUGUGUACUUGUGUACUUAUCUAUGGGAUUUUGCCAAUUCCAGAUUUUUUAAGUAUAUAUUAAGUAUUGGUUUGUCUUAAUGACACAAAAAGGAAUAAUAUUGGCAAGAGCUUUUAAAUGUUUGUAUCUCUGGAGUUGUUCCUGAUGUGUUAAAAUAUGUUUUACUUUGUAUUGCUGUCAGUCAUUACUGGUCAUUCUCUAUUUUAUAUUAUGUAAUACUAUAUUGUUCAGUGUCAUGAUAUUGCUUGUUUUAUUAUCAAAUUAUUCAUGAUUAAUUAUUACGUAUUUUAGAUACAUGGAAUACAGUUUAAGCAUCAUGUUGUAAAUAAGCUCAAAGUCAGACAACAAAUAAAUGGAUUGUUUUAUUAACUUA